UAAUAUAUAAAUAAUAAAUAAAUAGCAGAGAGAGAGAGAGGGGGCGAGAGACAGAGAGACUGAGAGAGAGAGAGGAAGCGGAGGAAGACUCAGGAAGAGGUAUCUAGUUGCCUUGCUCUUUCUUAUCGUUCUACCUGCUUCAUUGAUGUUUAGAGGAAGAGCAAUAUAAUUUUGGAGCUCAGCAACAAACUCAUGCCAUCCUUUAUACCAUUCAGAAGUGGUUGUCACUUAUCCAAUUGAACCUUGUAGAAUGUUUGGUUGGCCGAUGGUGUUGCUAAAUUACUGAUUGUUUGACGUUCCAAAUCUUCAAGGGAGAUGCCUCGUAAAGUGAGUUAUGGAGUUGAUUAUGACGAAGACUACUAUGACUAUGAAGAUUAUGAUGUUGAUCAUGAUUUAGAUGUAGAAGAAAAUGGAAAAUUACCUCAAUCAAAGAAAGAAACUAUUAACUGUGGCAUUUGGCGUUGCUCUGUUUGCACGUAUGAUAAUGACGAGAGUUUGUCUGCAUGUGAUAUUUGUGGGGUUCUUCGAAAUGCUUCGAUAAAUUCUGGCACCAAUAGUGAUAAGAAAACAGUUGAGGGCAUGUGCAAAGGUUCUGGAGCAUCCAAAAUGGCCAAGUCUCUGUUUGCAUCUUUUCCGCAACGGAUGUCCAAAAAGGCUGUAUCAUUUCAAAAGCUGAAUGAUGCUUAUGUGAAGGAAGAGAGCAAUAACUCCCACACACAUAUGAAUAUGCAAGGACAAUUUCUUGAAUUCCACAAAGCUUUUAUUACUCAUAGCAAUCGCCGUGUUAAUAUAGCCCCUUUCAAGUUUGAUGUUCCAUCCCCAGAUGACGUGGUGUCUGAUGGAUUGCGUUCCUCCAAAAUGGGUUCAAAAGCCAAUUCAACUGACUUGAAAACUUCAAGAGUUCCCUCAAGCAUCAAUGAGAAGAAUGGUGUACUUAGUAAAUCAAGUACUGAAAGGUCAGAUAUCUCAUCUUCAUUGACGUCAAAAGGCAGACAUUUCAGUAGGGACGAGAGAAAUCGUUUGGAGAAUGAUACGGGCAACACACUAUCUAGUGAUAAAAGUUCUGUUUGCUCACCUUCAAUGAAUCUAAAAGGCAGACAUGAUAAACUAGAUGAAAGCAGUAGUUCUUCAAUGAGUGGGGGCAACUCACAAAGCCUUACCAAUAGUUUGAACAAAAGGGCUUUAAAUGUUGGAUCUGGAUUGUCAAAAAAUGUUAAUACCAGAGUGACUCGUUCAAAUGCAGAAUAUAAACCUGAAAAGUGGAUGCUCCCUGACCAAGCUGAAGAUACAUUGACUCAACUGAAUCUUGCAAUUGUUGGUCAUGUUGAUUCUGGAAAAUCAACACUCUCUGGUAGAUUACUACACCUCUUAGGGCGAAUAUCCCAAAAAGAGAUGCACAAAUAUGAGAAGGAGGCUAAGUUACAGGGCAAGGGGUCCUUUGCUUAUGCUUGGGCAUUGGAUGAGAGCACUGAAGAAAGGGAAAGAGGAAUAACUAUGACAGUGGCUGUUGCUUAUUUUGAUUCUAAAAAGUAUCAUGUUGUUCUGCUUGAUUCACCAGGCCAUAAGGAUUUUGUACCAAACAUGAUAUCCGGGGCAGCUCAAGCUGAUGCUGCAAUUCUUGUCAUAGAUGCCUCAGUUGGUUCAUUUGAAGCCAGUAUGGAUGGUGCUAAAGGGCAAACGCGGGAGCAUGCACAACUUAUCAGAAGUUUUGGUGUUGAUCAAAUUAUAGUUGCAGUUAACAAAAUGGAUGCUGUGGAUUACUCGAAAGAACGGUUUGACUUUAUUAAACAGCAACUUGGAACAUUUCUCCGUUCUUGUAAUUUUAGAGAUUCUUCUAUUUCAUGGAUCCCAUUGAGUGCCAUGGAGAAUCAAAAUUUGGUGGCUGUCCCUUCUGAUGUUUUUUUGCUGUCCUGGUAUCAUGGACCUUAUCUACUGGAUGCAGUUGACUCCCUCCAACCUCCCACAAGAGAUUUCUCAAAGCCUCUACUUAUGCCGAUAUGUGAUGUUGUUAAAUUGUCUUCACAGGGGCAGGUGUCUGCCUGUGGUAAACUAGAAGCUGGAGCUCUUCGAAGUGGAUCCAAGGUUCUAGUCAUGCCUUCAGGAAAUGUGGGCUCAGUACGUUCCUUAGAGCGUAACUCUCAGGCUUGUACCUUUGCAAGAGCUGGAGACAGUGUGGCUGUUAGUCUGCAAGACAUUGAUGGGAGCCUUGUGGUGGCUGGGGGCGUGCUAUGUCACCCUGACUUUCCUGUUGCUAUUGCAAAACAUUUGGAACUGAAAGUUCUUGUUUUGGAUGUUACAAUUCCGAUUUUAAUUGGUUCCCAGUUGGAAUUUCAUGUACACCAUGCAAGGGAAGCCGCAAGAGUGGUCAGAAUACUAUCUUUACUUGAUCCAAAGACUGGCAAGGUGACAAAGAAAGCACCUCGCUGCCUUAAUGCAAAGCAGACUGCAGUCCUUGAGGUGGCUUUACAAGGGCCCGUUUGUGUGGAAGAGUUUUCAAGCUGUAAAGCUCUUGGGAGGGUAUUUCUAAGAGCAUUAGGAAGAACAAUUGCUGUCGGGGUUGUAACCCGAAUAAUCGAGGAAACCAGAUUUCAGUAGUUUGUGAUUGGCGCAUGAGGUUUCUGUCGAUUUUAAUGUCAGCGAAUUCUUCUGUUUUUGGUACGUGGUGUGUGCAUUUCACAAGAAAGGUAUAGGUCGAAUAUUUAUAUAACUGUACUUUGCAAUAUUUAUUGAUUCUUUUUUUAUUAUUA